UAUACAAACUUUUAGAGUCAAAAUGGAAGGAGGUCUCACAAUCAAAACAUCCUUUAAGAUGGAGGUCGGGACUCGGGACAACUUAAACGGUCUCAUUGGAAAAAAAAAUUCAAUAAACAAGGUUCACAUCAAAAAAAUAAAGAAAGAAAGUCGUUAUUUCAGUUAAUAGCUGAAGCAGAGAAGUAAAUGAUAUUUCUGCCGAAGUAUUUGCAAACUGCAGCUCAGCUGCCCGCAUCUGUAACCUAAGGGCAUGCGUUUCAAGUUACCCAGUAACAUCUCAUCCUACUUGGGAGAGAAACUACUAAAAUCUAUUCUUAAUUCUGGCGAUUUAAAUCGUGCACGCCAACUGUUCGACAAAAUUCCUGAACCAAACCUACAUUCUUGGACAAACUUAAUUUCUUGGUACACAAAGCAAGGUCUUUCAAAUGAUGCAGUCCUUCUGUAUUCUCUAUUCAAGAAGCAGAAAAAUCAGUUUCCUGAUAGGAUACUACUGCUGUCAGCUGUAAAAGCGUGUGCAGCAUAUGGUGAUCUUACGAAAGCGAAAGAGAUUCAUCAGGAUGCUAUUAAGUUUGGAUUUCUAUCUGAUGUUACUGUGGGAAAUGCCUUGAUUAAUAUGUAUGGAAAAUGUAAGUUCUGUGAGGGUGCACAAGCUGUUUUCAAUGAGUUGCCUGUCAAGGAUGUCAUAUCUUGGACAUCAUUGUUGUCAAGCUAUGUUAAUUGUGGGUUUCUUGGGGAAGCAUUCAGAGCUUUUCGUGAGAUGGGUUCAAAUGGGUUUAGUCCAAAUGCAGUAACCGUGUCCUCGAUUCUUCCUGCUUGUUCUAAAUUCAAGUGCUUGGAUUCCGGUAAACAAGUUCAUGGGUAUGCAGUGAAAAAUGGGGUUGCUGAAAAUGCAUUUGUCGCAAGUGCGCUUGUUGACCUAUAUGCAAGCUGCUCCUGCUUAAAGGACGCUCAAUCGGUAUUUGAUUGUAUGCUUGUGCGUGAUGUAGUUUCUUGGAAUGUUAUCCUUGCAGCAUAUUUCUUAAAUGGAGAAUCAGAGAAUGCUCUUAGAAUAUUCCGUGAAAUGAGUACGAAGAGAGUUCCCUUAAGCUAUGAUUCAUGGAAUACUGUGAUUAGUGGAUGUGUUCAAAAUGGUUAUAAUACCACAGCGCUUGAAUAUCUCGUCGAAAUGCAAGUAAAAGGGCUAAAACCCAACCAUAUUACAAUAACUAGUGCCUUGCCUGCUUGCUCAAAUAUGGAGAGCUUAAGAAAGGGAAAAGAAAUCCAUGCAUACAUUUUUAGGAAUAGCAUUUUUACUGACUUGACAACUACAACAGCCUUGGUUUACAUGUACGCGAAAUGUGGUGAGCUUGAGAUAUCCCAUAAGAUAUUCAAUUUGAUGCCUAGAAGGGAUGUUGUUGCUUGGAAUACUAUGAUUAUUGCUAAUGCCAUGCAUGGAAGAGGGGAAGAAGCUUUGUUGCUUUUUAAACAUAUGAUAGACUAUGGGGUUAAACCCAAUUCUGUUACUUUUACAGGGGUUCUCUCUGGUUGUAGUCACUCGAGGCUUAUUGAUAAGGGUCUUCAAGUGUUCCAUUCAAUGAGGGAUCAUUUUAUUGAACCUGAUGCUGAUCACUAUUCAAGUUUAGUUGAUAUACUUAGUCGUGCUGGCCGCCUUGAAGAGGCGUAUGGGUAUAUACAGAGAAUGCCCAUGAAGCCAACUGCUGGUGCUUGGGGAGCUUUACUUGGUGGUUGUAGAGUGUAUAAGAAUGUUGAAUUGGCUCGUAUUGCAGGGAAACAUUUGUUUGAAAUUGAACCUGACAAUCCCGGAAACUAUGUUUUGUUAUGCAACGUAUUUGUUGCUGCCAAAUUGUGGAGUGAAGCUCUUAAAUAUAGGAAGAUAAUGGAGGAAAAAGGAAUCUCAAAACCCCCAGGUUGUAGUUGGAUUCAAGUCAAGAACAAAGUUUUUACAUUUUCUGUUGGUGAUCAGAGCAAUGAGCAGAGUGAUAAGAUAUCCGAGUUUUUGAAUGUAAUCGGUCAGAAGGUCAGAUUGGCUGGUUAUAUGCCAAAUACUGAUUUUGUUCUGCAGGAUUUGGAUCAAGAAGAUAAAGAAGCAGUGUUAUGUAACCAUAGUGAAAAGCUAGCUGUUGCUUUCGGGUUAUUGAACCUAAAUGGGGAAUCAACGAUUCAUGUGUUCAAAAAUUUGAGAAUUUGUGGUGACUGCCAUAAUUUCAUUAAGUUCACAGCCAAAAUUGUAGACAAACAGAUCAUUGUCAGAGACUCAUUGAGAUUUCACCAUUUCAAGGACGGCUUAUGCUCAUGCAAAGACUUUUGGUGACAAGCUAUGUUACUUGGACUCUUCAUUUAGCUUCACCUAUCUGUGUCCGAUUCUUGAUGCUCGGACAUUGGUAUGACACUAAGCCAUUUCCUUUUAGGCAUAAUAUUGAAUAUUUAGUCGUAUCCGAUACUUGGACACAUACUAGUAUUGGACAUCAGUUCCCGAGUCCAAAGAUGAGGGUUUGAUCUUGAUAUGCUGUAUGACCUCCAAAGAUGCACUGGUAUCACUGUUAGAUGUGCAUUUGAACAUGCAGUUCAAAUCAUUGCAAGCAGAAUAAGGAAUAUUGUUUUCUGUUGAGGACACUGAUGAGCAUUCCUGCACACUGAAAUAGCCCCGAUUCACCGAAGGUUGAACUGAUGUUUAAGAUAGAUAAUUCAUUACUUCUCAGACUCAGUCUAGAUGGAGACUUAAUUUCUGUUAAGAGCACUAAGGUAUUGCAGAUUGCAGAAUGACCUGCAUCACCAAAUUUGGUGUUCAUUUAGACGCCGGAACUCCAAAAUGUAUGCGUGUUUUAGACCUAGGUUAGUUCUGACUCUAUCGGCCCAUUUGGUUGUUGGUGUUAAAUGGUUGAAAUGAUGAUGAAAAGUUUGUGUAAUUUUGAUAAAAUAGUGUCUUGAAAUGUUGAAUGGUCAUGUUUAUUCUGCUUUAAUCA